UAAAAACAUAUUGGCCUUUAUUAUCUGCAGCCGCAGAGAAUUCCCCCCUCUAUCUUCUUAUCUCCUCCUACAAGGCUCGGCAAGGGAGCUUGAGGAUUUCAGAAUUGGCGAGGCAUUGGGAUUGAGGUUUUGAAUAAUCAAUACAACGCCGUUAUACCCGCCCAUCCAUGGGACAGGUCUUGGACAAAUUUCAAGGGAAGGAAUGGAGGCAAAGACAGAUAAGAAAGAUUACUGAUAAGGUGUUUGAUCAUAUCAAAAAUGAUGAUGGAAGGGCUAAUUUGACAUUUGAAGAUCUAUAUAUUGCUGUCCUACUUGUGUACAAUGAUAUGAAUAAGAAGUUGCCUGGGCCUCAUUUUGAUCCCCCCUCCAAAGAGCUAGUCAGAGAAAAAAUUCAGGAGUGUGAUAUCAACUUGGAUGGAGAAAUUGAUCGUGUAGAAUUUGGGGCAUUUAUUCAGAAGCUAACAGUUGACACAUUCAUCACGGUUAGUCAGGGGUUACUUGUUACUUUGGUUGUGGCACCAACAGUUGCAGUCGCGACAAAGAGGGCAACUGAGGGAGUCCCAGGAGUGGGGAAGGUGGUGCAGCGGUUACCCAAUUCAGUUUAUGCAUCCCUCAUCACUCUUGCAAUUGUGCUGUUCCAGAGAUCAAGCUACGAGGUGGUGUAGAUUGGUUUGUUUCUUUUUAGUUGAAUUUUAUGUUUGUGUGACUAAUGUUUGUUUCCAGUUAAAAUUUAUAUUGCAUACCAGAUACUUGCACCCUGGUAGUUGUGUAUACAAGCUUAUAAUGAUGUAAUUCUCUGUGGCUGUGUGCUAUUCAUGAAUAAAUGCUUCCGAUAUUACUAAUAUUAUUAUUAUUAUUAUUAUCAUA